GCGCGCACGCUCCGGAGGCUACUGCGGUAAAGAUGCGGCGACGCACGAUGCUUCGCCGCGAUGGAUAAUCGUAAUCGCAAUGGCUUUACGAAGAGGCCGUUCGUCAGAGGAUGAGGACGUCGUGGUGGUGAGUCUGAGGAUGGGGCCAUGAAGACCGAAGCAGGGUGUAACGUUUCGAUAACAGGAGAUGCUCUCCACGUAGGCUACUGAACAAAGAAAGGGAGAUUUGAGAUGCUGAAACUGCUGUGAAAACCCGCCGUAAACCCCCGGAGCAGGACAUCAGUUGUUGGCGGCCGUGUGACUCAGAGCUCUGCCUCCUCGCUCUGACAGGAGCCAACGCUGCCCCCCUCCCCCCGCCGCCCUCCCAGCCCGGCGAUCGCACAGCGCUGUCGGCAGGGGAACUGUGGAGCUCUACGGGAGAUGAAGCAGGCCCCCGCGGCCCUCGUCUUCCUCGUCUUCCUCGUCAGUGUUUACAGUUCCUGUUUACAGUCCUGACCCACGGGCGUUUUUCCCCCCUCCUCUUCAGAAGCGGCGUGGCUCGCCGGUGUCUCGGAGGAACGAGGUCCGCCCAUCACGUCUUUCUCUCCAGGAGAAGGACCGGAUCCUUUUUAAUUCGUCCUUUUUUGCAGAACUUGAGACAUAACGCGAGAGAAGCGUAGUCCCAGCCUUUUUAUCAUCCAAUCAAGUUCGACAUGCUUCCGAGUGGAAUGAAACACUGGUAGGACGACGCUGGUAAAGUAGAGCAGCUCUCCCUUGAGCCUUUGAAACCGAGAUAUUUUCACUUUUUUCUGCAGUCAGACUGAUCACAUGCUCUUUGAAAUCCUAAUAUACGCGUUCUAAAUAAGAGACACGCAAAGCCCAGUCGCUGAACUUUACAUGAGACCUGAAUCGAGCGCGAUGCUCCAGCAAAACAACAACAACAACUACCCAUGCCUCAACAUGACCGGCCCCACAGGUGGAGAGGGCAUCCAGGCAUGCCCCCGGGCCCAUGGGCCCUUCCCCAGCCGCAUGGAGCUCAGUCUGGGGGACCUUCCGCUGGUCAGGGGCCUCAGGGCCUGGGCCCUCUGCUCCAAGAACCGCCUGAAGACCAGGGGAGAGCUGGGGGGUGGAGGGCAUGCUCCAACCAUCGGACCCUCCACCACCAGCACCACCAAUGAGAGGCAGAGCUCCUGCCCCAGGCCUGCGGACAUGUACCCGGCCGGGGAGCUGGGCGGCAUGGGCUACGGGCUUCCGGUGGGGCUGGACGCCAGGCAGGCCGGAAUAGGUGCCCUGGUCACCGUAGCAACGCUGAAGACCUCUGAGGUGGGGGGGAAGACGCAGACCCAGACCCAGUGCCUGUUCCUCCGGACUGAGAAGGGAAGCUGCCUCUACUCCACGACCAAGCCCGGAGGCUGGUCCCUGGGGAAGGGCCCGGGCCUGUCCGCCGGCGGGGCCUCUGCCCUGGUCGGGAGCUGGCUCAGAGGGAAGGUCAGUGGAGGAGGAGGCGGAGGAGGAGGCGGAGAGCACCAGGCGGGGAAGAGAACCAGCGGGCCUCCUCUUCCUCCCCCUCCGGCGGCUCUACAGAGCGGCGGGUCCAACCGGGUCCGGGUGCGUUCGGGCCGGCGCUGGAGGAAGUCCUGCAACGCCAACGGCCCGGGAUCGAACAAAACCACCGGCAUCGGCGGCCAGAGGAGAGGCCGGGAGGAGGCUGGCGGCACGGAAAUCAUCCUGGGAGAAUGCCAGGAAGGGGGAGACAAAGGCGAGUUCCACAACAACCUCCAGGGCGCUCAGGAGGCCGGAGGGGGAGGCCGUAAACAGGAGGGCGGUGCAGGAUGCACAAGGAGCUGCCGAUGCUGUCACAACACUCUGGCCAGGAACUGCGCUCGAUGUGCGAGGCGAGCUGUGCGGUCGGGCGCGAGGCAGAGGCUGGAGGAACACAAGACCCAGGCGGGAGACGAGCGUGGCAUGAACGGGCCGGGGAACAAGGACGGAGGGAAGACAAAUGGAGGACAAGAAAAGGGAGAGCAGGAGAAGGAGAGGGAGGAGGAGGAGGAGAAGAGCAGGUCAAAGCCUCUUGACUCCAUUGUGUCGCUGCCAAACGCUGACUCGCCGACAAAUUGCUUUUACCCAGAAUCCUCCAGCAACAGCGAGGCGUCUGAAAAAAGCUGUGACAAGGACAUUAGGGAAGUAAAUGAACCCCUACAGACAAAAAUGUGCACUUAUUCAGAGAACAAAGAACAGCCCUGCUCCCAAAACAGCAGGAACGAAGACUUUGGCCGGACUCUGAGAAACCCAAGUGGUGAGGAGCUCAACAAUGGCGAGUUGGACACUCCUCUGACUGAUGAUGUUAGACCACACAGUGAGUACCUGGACGAUAGCCUGCCUCUACCAAAUGGCACCUCAUCUCCACCCCUGGUAGUCCGGAACCCUGUGCAGAAACACUGUGAAGACGUGGGGCGUAAUGUGGGUGAGAUCCCAGCGGUAGCAGACACAGAACCAACUCAGGACUCGAAGAGUCCCUGUGACGACCCGCAAGAGGACGGAGGAAACCGUUUGUGGUCCGACGAAUGUGCCGCGAAAACAGCCCCCUGCUGUGAAGAGGGCCUACACCGUCUUACCUCAGCCACACCUGUAGAGGGCAGCACCUUCCCUGCUGAACUAAGCCUCGACACCAUGCAGGGGCAGCGAGGGAGCAGCACUGCAGACAGGGAACACAACAACAGCCAUACAGAGAGCGCUGACGGGGGCAGUGCAGAGAAGGGGGACCGGGACCAUAGUAAAGGUCGUCCACUUGAGUUGUGUGUCAAAUCAGACCAGCUCAUGCCACGAGAAUCCUCUCCUGGGGAUUUAUACACAAAAGAGCCUUUUCAUGAGGAGAAGCCUCUGAAAGAGACGGGCAAUGUAAACUGUAAUGAACCCGAGGUGGUGUUAUCAGAGGAGCAGAGGGGCUCCUGUCAUCAGGCAACGCUGAGUUGUAGAAAUGAGGGGAAGGCCAGUAAAGACGAGGCGAACGCCGCUGACUCUGCCCCAGGGCUCAGAGAGGUAGACGGCCUCCAGGGAGGAUCCAUCACAGAGGCAGUCAGGGGGACGUUGAUGAAGGUCGCAGAGGGGGAGGAAGAUAAGAGGCUAGGAGAUGAAGAGGAUUGCAGCGGGGUUGAGUUUGAGGAGGGGAGGGGAGAGGAGCUGGCAGGGGAACACAGACGAGCCGAGUCAGGUUUGGAGAGUUCUGUUGACGGCAGCGAGACAGUGCCAGAGCUUAGAGGGGAUGACGGCAGCCAGGAGAUUACUGGAGAAGAGGAGAAGAAGGAGAAUAAUAAGCACGACCAAAGCCUUCAAGAUGGCAGUGCCGGGACGACGGAUGAUGAAAAACACGGCAACUCAGAGGGGAAGUUAGGCCAGGGCGAGGCCGAAUACAUCAGACUGCAGCAGCCGCAACGGGAGAGGGAAAGGAGAGACGCUCUGAAGGCUUCAGGUUUCACUGCAGAGGGACCGACACUCCAGGAAUUUGCCACUGAAUGGACACAAGAGGCAAGCUGUGCACCCUCCCUGUCCCCACCCAUGGCAACGGACCCGCAACGCCCGGGGGCAGGCGGGAAGAGCGCGUGGACGCAGAGCAGGGUGGAAGAAGGGAGCAGGGAGGGAGAGAAGGAGGAGCAGGAGGAGAGAUUUAAAGAGAGGAGCCAGGAGCAGAGCGCCAUUGUGGCCACCGAGCGAAGGGAGCAGGGGGAGGAGGAGGUAGAGGAGGAGGAGGUGAAGGAGGAGGAGGAGGAGGAGGAGGAGGAUGAGUUUGGGGGGUUCAUGCAGGCGGACGCAGAGCCCGGCUGGAGCGAGGGAUUUACUCCUUCUGCCCCAGAGGCUUGUGGGAACACAGAAAACACUGGGGAGUUAACCCAAUGGACAUCUGGCUGGACGGACGACUCAUUCCACCAAUCAGACGACUGCUGGACAGCUUUUUCUCAGGACUCAUUGGUUGCGAGCGGUGACCCAGUAGCACAGUUGUGGCCAAUCGCUGCUGGGGAAGAGCAGAGAGGGAGGCCCUCAUCCAAUAAGAAUGUGAUGGACGUGUUGUCUGAGGCCUUCCCCUCCUCAGGCCAGCUGGCCUCUGACCCCGGGACUGGGUCUGGGACGGUCCCAACGCUGACCUCUGAGACGGGGGUGGGGUCUGGGACGGUCCCAACGCUGACCCAGCUCCUUCAGGGAGAGCGACACCACUCCAGGACCACCCAAGACCAGGGUCUGUUGGACAAUUUCCACGACUUGAACAAGAUGAUUGGCCAGCGCUACAAGAGGACCAAUGGCGUGUCUCGCGACCUGCUUCUCAAGACCUUAUACCUGGAGCCGGCCUACACUGAAAUCAGAAACAUAUCCAGGCCGAUCAAUCACAGGCUCUCCCCUGGCCUCCCUUCGGCCAAUCGGCACGCUCAGAGCUCCAAGCGGCGUCUGUCGUACGACCACAACAGAAACAUCGCAGAGUAACGUGUCAGAGUGGGAGCCCAGCGUCGCUCCAGCCUGUCUGACUGCUGUACGGUGCACUCCCUGGGUGGAAGUGGACUUUUAGACUUUCAACAGGAUUCAGCCACAGCCCGAGGGAAUUGGACCCAAACACUUUUUUUCUAAAGACCACAGGGGUCAAAGGUUCACCUCACACAUCCACUGUGUAUCACCUGCAACGUAUCCCUAGAUUUGACUAUUCGUCUAACCUAUUUUUGACCUUGUUGCAGUUCCUCGUCCCCUGACAGCCGUAUCACCUAGAUUUGCCACAAAUUGCAUCAGUUAUUGGCAAUUUAAAUGAAAUGUCAAUAAUAUCAGCAAAGCUUGAUGCAUGACACAAACACCGUUGAUUUCUUCUCGCUUUUUUUUCAGAGAAUAAGUGUAUGGACCAGACUGUUUGGUAGGAAAGCACCUGGGCAGCUUUUUCGAGCGAUAGUUGAGAGCGUAGUUUCCAUUGACGGCUACUUGAAAUCUGCUUGUAAAGAAGCACUACAGUCCUCCCGUUGUUGUAGCGGUGAAAACCUUACUGGCGAAACUUUAAAAUCACUAAUCUAAGUCACUGACUCUAGUUUAAGCUUUUGAAGUUGGAAACGUCUCCCGUUAAGUAAAACCUCAAAAGAUGACUUAAAAAGACCGGUUCUCAUCUCUUUUGAAACAUUUGUGAUCCCAAAGUGACCACAAAGCAGGUAGAGAGCAUUGAUGCUCUGGCUACCAGCUGAUCCAUCUGAACUAACUCGCUUUUUCAUCAUCCCUUGACCAUCUCCAAAGUCCAAGGUUUUGAGAAAGAGUUGAUUAAUAUAAUCAGGAUAGGAUUAAUUUGUCCUGGUUUAUGUUAUUUACUUUUUUCCCACCAUGUGAAUUGACUGCUCGAAGAUGUGUGUUAACCUUCAAAUGUCAAACAUCAUUUUAUCCCAUGUGAUCAUCGAACUUGACCUUUUGUUGUUUGCUGAACUUGAAAUGGCACUUAUGAUAGUAAACCUCUUUUUUCUAUCCCAACAGGAGGGAUUAUAAUUGAUUAUUUCUCUGGUCACAAUAGAAAUGGCAAAUGUGUGAUUUUGUUGUGAGUUCUUAAGAGUUUUUGUUGUGUACUGUCAGUAACACUGGAAUUAUUAUUAUUAUCAAAUGUGAGAAUUAAUUUGAUCAGAAAAAAUAUAUAUUCGUCUUCCAAACAGUGCCAAUAACAAAAUGAAUAAUUAAAAGUGCCAAUUUUUUUACAAGGUUACUUAAAAUCGAUGGCAGAUUGGGGCAUUUGUGAGAAAGUGUUUCUUCACAAAUCGUCUGUAUUCUCGAAUCGACACAAACCGGCCUCCAGCCUUCUCUUAAUUAAUCUCCUCUCCGUCUGACUGCAUGUCCGUCUUUCUGUCUGUCCGUCAAUGCACUGAUUCCAUUACUUUGCCGAGGCCUGUGUUGAUUCAAAACCCAAGCCUACCUGCCGAUCUGAACGCUGUUCUCGCGAGAGGAACGAUCAAACUGUCAUCAUCUCCAUAGCGCAGUGAACCGUUUUGCAACCAAAUUAUGAUUCCUUUCAACAUUCUGUCAUGUGUCAGAGGUCAUGUGUGGUGAAUGUCAGCCAUUUGUACAAUCUGUGGAUUCCAGCAGAAAAAGAUGAAUAUUUUCUGAACUGUUCACAAUGAAAAAAAUAAAAAAGGUCAACUUGUCAAGUGAUGUAAUAAAAUGAUCCCGCUGUAAGAGCUGCCUGUUAACAUUCUCUGAUCAGGUGCUAUAUUUACAACGAUAUACAGAAGGGCCGGUAGU